UGGGAUGAGAGGGUGUAGGCAAUGUUGACUUGAAGAGAAUGGCAUCAAAAGGACAUUGGAAGGGUCCAUGCCAUGCUAUCAUUGUGUAAUAAGCCAAAAAGAGGGUGUUGCCUCUCACCUCCAUCAUUCAUUCGACCCAAGGCAUCCAAGAGGAGUAAAAGAGCUCUGCAACUCCAUUCUUUCACAGCUAAUUUCGAGCUCAAGUCCAAGGCAUCCAAAGAGGGAGUUUAAAGAAGGGAAAAGGGGAAGAAAAGGUGUGGUGAUUAAGGCACUUGUAAAGGGUGAUUCAAGAACUUUCACGAAGUUGAAAGAGUUACCGGAGUUGUCGCCGGAGUUCAUCAAAGUUCGCCGGAGUUUCACCGGAGUUCAACCGGGAAGGGUAGAACUUCAUAACGUUCAUUCGAGGUUGAAGCUAAGGCUAGCUAUCCACAUUUUGCUCGGUGAAGUAUUCUAAAGGAAGACGUGGUUCGUGCUUCCUUUAUUGUUUUAAACUACAAACUUGCUCAUGGAUACUUUGUAAUAAAUACAUUUGUUUUGGGCCUGCGUGCCUACGUUUGGCCAUGUGUGGUCCAUGAUUGAAUAUUGAAUAUUUUCGCUAUUCAUUCAAUCCCAAGAUGUGAUGUUGUUAUGUAUGUUUACUUACUGAGUAUGGUAUGGACUAUGUUCAUGGAC